UAUACUUCGUUUGACUUAAUACGAGUUUCCUCUUCUGGGUUUCAUUCAGUAGUCAUUCUUCCCGUCGUCAUUGUUUGUUUUUUGUAUAAAUUUCCGUCGGAAGUCUAACAAAAAAUACACCAUCAAAUUUCCCCAAGUCUUACAACAUUUUCUGAAUGUGCACACGGAAUUUAUUUUGAUAUUUACAAACGGAUCCAUCUAUUGACGCGGCACAACAUAAUGCUUUUACUUUUAAAAUUAAAACCGGAAAUAUCGAAAUGUCUGAAUAUAAAUCCGUUUGCCUCAUUCGGUUGGUACAGUAGCUAAAUGAUUAAACAGAGUGUUCAUGAUCUAUGAAGGCUGAACUUUCGGAACUUUGAGAUAAGUUCAACCAGAGCGAGAGCGAACCGCAUUAAAGGAAGCUUCGCCACACAAACAUGAAGAUCCUAAAGAACGACGAGAUACAGACCGCUGAAAAGGUUCUGCUUAAACACUUACCGGCCAGUUAUAAGGUCUACGGUUUCCUACAUGGUAUUAACAGGGGCAAGCCAAGUACACUGGAGGUAAUUGUUGACACGUGGCCUGAUUUUAAGGUCAUCAUCUGCCGACCAGACCCCCAGAACAAACGCGCCCUGAUGUUCAGAAAUAAGGUGACGUGCUAUGGCACAGAUGAACAGAUUUUAAAGAAAAUGCUGACAGAACAGAUGGAUUGGAGCACGUAUUUCAUGAUUGGAGGAUUGGACAUUGCCCAUGCCCCCAUGCUUAAAGAACUGACUUCUGACAGGAAAAUCAACUGCAAAUGUGAAAUUGUGGUGCAUCUUAUGUAUCUGCCAGACAACAGCCAUCUGCUCACAUCAGCAGUUGACAGUGAGCUUGAAUCAAGAAUUUCAUCUCUUGACCUUUCCCAUGUUGACUUGGUGAAUAAGACCUGGAAGCAUGGAGGGAAUGAGAAAGGUUACAACAACAUAAAAAAAUUCAUCAGUAACUUCCCGUCAUACUGCAUCACUGAUGACCAGGGUCAGCCGGUGUCCUGGGUUCUGGUGUGUGAUUACUGUGCCAUAAGCGUGUUGCACACUCUUCCAGAGUACAGAGGGAAAGGCUAUGCCAAAGCUGUUGUGAGCACCAUGGCCAAGAGACUCCACGCUGAGGGCUACCCAGUGUACUGCUUCAUAGAGGAGGACAAUGUGGCCUCCUACAGGCUGUUUAAAAGCCUGGGAUUCGUUGAGGAUGCCUCUUACCGAGCAGUAUGGUUUGAGUUCAACUUCUGAUAUUGUAACCAUUUUCAUUUCUAACAGUUCCUUAUCCAGUGAGCAUAACUUAAGUAAUUCUAAUUCUUUCUAGUCAUACAUUGACUGUAUAUCGUCACAUUUUAUUGUGCUUAUUAUAAAAUAUACAUUUUAUUGGCUCCUGCACAGCACAAGCACUGCAUCAAGACCCAGAUUGUAAUAAUGGAAAUAUAAAUGAAAGAGGCUUUAACUGACAUAAGUAAUAGAUUAAUGUAACCUUUUCAUGGUAAGCAAAGGUGUUUGACGAGAAAUCCAACCGAAAUUCAGCUGUGUUGAUUCAUGUUUUUGCUUCAGCUCUGAACAGUUCUCGAAUCAUAUACACACAUAUAGAAGAACUUUAUACAUCAAUCAGUCUGUAACAUUAAAAACACCUGUGCUGCCAAAACAGCUCUGAACUGUCAGGGGAAGAGACAUAGGACCUCUGGGGGUAUUUUGUAGUCAUCGGCAUCAGAAUGUUGGCUCCUUUGGGUCCUGUGCGUUGAGGAUGGGGGCCUCCAGGUGGGGUGUAUUUGGUGUGCAGUGUUUACAUUGCAUUGUAAACAGAUGAUCUUAUUCUAUUCAGAUAAUUGUAUUCACUUCACCUGUCAGUGGUUUUAAUGUUGAGGUUGACCACUGUAUAUAUGCCAUAGAUGUAACCUUAUUUACGCCAAUGUGAUUGUAUGUCAGCUUGGUUCCCUUAAAUAAAGACAUUUCAUUCACA